UUAAUUCUAGGUUUUGUGAGAAGUGGUUUGCUUAGGCUAGGUUAGGUCCGCUUAUAAUGAACACGGUUAUUUCCUACGGGGACCGAUCAGUUAAUAAUGCCCCCUCCCAAAAGAUGGCAACACUCAAUAGAAAAAAGAAACUGCAGGCAUCCGUCACAAUUCGGGUGACAAUACGCAGUCAUCUCCUUCGACGUUCUUCCUUGACCUCGCAAGAGAGAGACGCACUUGUCAUUUCCAUUGACCAGCCAAUUGAGGGAAGUUUUCCCCAAACAGCCACUCCGUCGAGCCCCGACUUCAUAUCCGUUCGCCGAUAGUGAGAACAUCGCGACGAUUUCGUCUUAUCAUGAAUUGUGCAGCCAACGACACAGCUCGUUUUCGGAAAGCCACGCCGGUUGCCGGUGUCACCAGCGUUGUCCUGGUCGCCUUAUAACCCUCCGGCCUCUACUCUCCCAGCGCCAGUGAAGACCUGCACUGCGUCGCUUCCACGGCAAGCGUACUCGUUUGACGGAACAGUGUUCGGAGUCUUCUGCCGCUGGAAAGCUACGUACAUUACAUCGCUCCUGGUGCAUGUUCCAGAACUGCGUUCGACAAACCUUAUGGCGACGACUGCGGCGUCUUGCGGUCGUUGAGUGUCAAGGUACCGGGCAUCAACGUUCCAAGUGUGAACAGUCGUGACGUCCGUGUGUGUGUGUGUGUGUCUUCGAUCGCCUUGACUUCUACUAGAAGCUCCCCUGCGUCUCCAACCACGACGCUCUCUGCUUCGCCCCCCUGCGGGGUGGUUACGGUACAGAAGCCCGAAUCAGCUGAAGACAAGAGGAAGGACCGCUGCGGGGUCGCGAUGGUGACAUCGGCCGUGGUGGUCUUCGGUGUGGCAUGUGCGGUCGUGUUUGCGACAGUUGUCUUGUGCGAUCCGUCGCGUCGAAGCACGACCCCUGAAGUUCCGCAGAAAUUGCGUACAGAGAAAACGCCGCGGAAGCUCGGCGCUGAAGUUCGAGCCGUCACGGCCAGGCGUACGGGACUCAGAGCUACGGGAUCAUCGUCUCAGAGAUCGGUCUCCGAAAGGCCAAUGGUCCUUGACCCUCGUCAAACGUGGCAGGCCUUCCUGCGGCAUUCGGAGAGGACCCAAAGCCGCAGGCCGAAGAAAAAAGUGAAGAGCUCUCUUCUUCGAAUGCAAGGACCGCAGGGCCCACCAGGCCCAAGGGGACCGAGAGGACCAGCAGGAGCCAACAUAACGCGAGAAGAGAUGUUCAGAGAGUUCAGGGAGCUACUACGACAGGCCGUUGAAGCCAGGAUCGAGCUCCUUGCAGAAGCUCAGUGCAAGUCAUCGGGCAACUGUUCGGCGCUCUCCAGCAACUUGAACUCAACCGACAUUUUGCAAAGCUUACCCUGGGUGCCGCAACUUUUCGAAGUGAACCACAUCGAGCCCAGGACACGGGUGUCAUUCUUCUGGGAACUUUCUCAGGACGUGCGCGUCAAGCGAGGCAAGGAAAUCAAACUACGACCUUUCCACAGGCCAUUCGCCGACGGCAGCAUGGAACGGGGCAGCGACGGCUUCAACGCCAGUGAUGGGAUCUUCCGCGCUCCCACAACGGGGCUUUACGUGUUUUUCGGCAGCAUAUUUCUACGCCGUGUACAGUCAUCUCGAGUUGUGCGCAAAGAGCUCGACCAGCCACCGGACCACAUAUCUGCCGUCGUCUGCGUGGACGAUCCAUGCUACAAGCAUCUGUCGUUACGUACCACAACAAGCUUAACUGACUCUCAAGACAUGAUGACGCUUCAUGUCAAUGGACCACUCAUGCUUAAGGCAGGACAAGAAGUGACCCUGUGGAUCUGGAACAGAAGUCGCUUUGGCAUCACUGUUGAGCAAGGAUCGCAACUCAGUGGCUUUCUAGCCGGAUUGUGA